AUGGCCCUCUUCUCACCCUCGAUAUCCGCUCUCCACGCCCUAGAAUCAACACCAAAAACUAUUCUAAUAACGGGAGGAUCUUCCGGCAUCGGUCUGGCAACGUCAACCCUCCUCUCAACCCUGAACCCCUCCCACAACCUCGUCGUGCUUGACCUGCGACCCCCGCCCCAAUCCUUCAACCAUCCCUCCUCGAAUCUUCUAUUCCACGAGUGUGACAUCACCUCCUGGGUCUCCCAACGCGCUGGUUUUGAAGCAGCACACAAACGCUUCGGCCGUAUAGACUGCGUCUUCGUCAACGCAGGAAUCGCCGAACAAGGCGACCAAUUCUUCAACGAUACGCUCGAUAGUGAUGGGAAACUCGCUGAGCCAGAUCGGAGAACUUUGACCUUGGAUAUGGAUGCCGCGGCCGAUACAACGAAACUCGCUAUCCACUAUCUGCGGAAGAAUGGAAGAGACGGGGGUUCAAUUGUGCUAACAGCUAGUCUGGCAGGCUAUCUAGCUUCAGCAGGGGCGCCAUUGUAUUCCGCGGCGAAACACGGUGUCGUGGGCUUGAUGCGAGCGUUAAAGCAAGAGUGUGCGAAACUAGACAUUAGUAUAUCGGUUGUUGCGCCUGCGAUAACGGUCACGCCUAUUUUGACGGCGAACAACAGUGUCUUGGCUAUGGAGCCGGAUGUAUAUGCAAAGGAGAUGGCGAAGGCGGGUGUACCGAUUAACAGACCGGAAGCUGUUGCUUUGGCGGUGUGUUGGUUGUUAAAUGAGGGGACCAAGGCGAAUGGUGCGGGCAUAUUCAUCCAAGCAGAUCGUUUUGCGGAUUUGGAGAAAGGCUUGGCGAAGAGCAGGCAGGCGUGGAUGGGUAAGGAGAUGUUAGAUCUGUUUCGUGGGGGGAGAAAUGCGCCAUUGUUUGCGAGGCUGGAGCAGGAGGGAGAGCCAAAGGCGAAGAUAUGA